CUUCAAGGCCACGACACGCCAUGGUGCAGACCACUGUUUGUUGAUUCUGUAAUGCGCACUCCCUUGAUAACACGAUAAAAGGGACCCGAGAAGAGACACAGAACACGCCUUGUUAGUCAGUCUUCUGACACCGUUCCUGCCACUGCUAAGCAAGACCUCGCGAUCCACGGAGUACAAUUAAUCAAGGAAGGACAAACGUCAGACGCCAUGCAGCCACCAACCUUCGUGCAAGGCUUCCACGACUCCGAGGCUGUCUCCAGGAUGACUUACCACCCACUUGGCGACACCGGGCUGCAACUGUCCCGCCUCUCUCUUGGUGGUACCCCUUUCGGUGGGCUAUAUGGAGAAGCUACAGAGCAAGCCUAUAUUGACACCAUCCAUCUCGCUCUCAAGUCUGGAAUCAACUACAUCGACACCUCUCCGUGGUAUGGCAAUGGGCGGAGCGAGAUGGUGCUGGGUAAGGCCCUGAAGGACGUCCCUCGAAGCUCUUUCUACAUCGGCACCAAGGUGGGUCGCUACGAGCCUGUGCCUGAACGAAUGUUUGACUUUUCUGCCAAGCGAGUGGCGCAGAGCGUUGACCACAGCCUGCAGCUGCUGGGCCUCGACUACGUGGACCUCAUCCAGGUGCACGACUUUGAGUUUGCCGAGAACCUGGACAUUAUCGUGGAGGAGACACUGCCGGCCCUGCAGAAGGUCGUGGACAGCGGGAAGGCAAGGUUCAUCGGCAUCACCAGCUACUCAGUGAGCCUCCUCAAGGAACUGGUUGAACGGUCACCGGUCAAGAUCAGCGCCAUUUUGUCUUACGCGCGCAACACACUCAUCGACGACAUCCUCGAGGGCUUCAUGCCUUUCUUCAAGUCCCGGAACAUUGGAGUGAUCUGCGCCAGCCCAGUGGCCAUGAGGCUGCUGACCUACAACCCUGUUUUGCCGGAGUGGCACCCCGCACCACAGUACAUGAGGGACGCCUGCCACUCAGCCGCCCUCUUCUGCAAAGAGGCUGGCGUGAACUUGGCGCGCCUGGCGGUACAACACGCGCUGCGGCUGGAGGGCAUCACCACGCAUCUGCAGGGCAACGACAACUGUGACAUUUUGCGUCAAAAUCUGAAUAACUUUUUAACUCCUCUUACGCCACAAGAAGAAGAACUACGCCAGACAGUGAAAGAACGGUUUUUCGACUCUCUUCCAGCGAAACACUGGGAGGGCGUGGAUCCUGCCAAACAUUGGGAGACGAUGCGGCAGCUUCGCUCUCAGUCUACUGGCGCUUCUGUCACAUCAUAGUUUUGACUCUUUGAACGACUCUUUAUGAAAACCCUUCUAUGGCAUAUUUACUCAAGGCAACAUGUGAUUUUCUUGUCACUCCACCCAGCUUCAUGAGCACUCCAUAUAGCAAUAGAAGUGCAAUAAUCUGAUCCCUGAGUCUACGUGUACAUAGGCUUAUAAUUGUGUCGUGAUCGAUAUAGCUGUUCUUCAACAAGCACUUGAUAUUAGUAAGGAAAAAGAGCAGCAGUCUUAGGUAACGACUGUUUUAUCUCAUAUGUUGAGUGUGUAUAUAUUCUCCCAUUAAAAAUAAAGAUAGAAUAAAA